AUGGCGAUGCACAACCAAACAGAAAUUCCACUCACAACACUAAGAAAUGGACGAAACCAAGACGUUGUAGCAUCUGCAAAAAGAGGAAGAGACACAAUUCAAGAACCUGCCCCAAAAGAACAAGAUCAGAAAAUGAGGAAGACGAAGAAGAUGAAAUCAAAGAAGAAGAUGGUGACACAACUGAAGAAGAAAUGGCUUAUGAAGAAGCAGAUGAAGAAGAGGAGGAAGAAGAAGAUAGUGAAGUGGACGAAGAACAUGAAGAAACUGAAGGAGUGGCUUAUGAAGAAACAGAUGACGAAGAGGAGGAAGAGGAAGAAGAGAGUGAAGAGGACGAAGAACAAGAAGAAACAAUGCCAACAAGACCACCACAAGGGAAUGCUGCUGUACAGAAACAACCGAGAACGACAACAAUUUCAAAAAACAAGGUAG